AUGCUCAAAGGCAUGAUGGAGGUCAAUACGUCUCCAUGGCGCGACCCUCAAAUCCUCCCGUUGUACAUGGCAGUCAUCUCGAUUGCCCUUCUUGCCUUUCGUCUCGUUCUCCCCGUCGUAUAUAAGUCAAACGUGAAAGAUAUUAUAGAGCACACACGUAGUAGUAAUAAUGAUUCGGAACAAAACAAGCGUAGCAAUAUUGCAAAACACAUUGACAGCCAUGGAGGCAACAAGAUCUUCACCAUUCGGGUGGCGCGAGCGGUGCUUGUCGCCGCUCUGUUGGUCCUCACGGUGGUCCACCCUGCUGGCGCUGAUGAGCCCAAGUGGGUCAAAACGAUACAACAUGCAACAUAUGCAUACACCACGUUCCUUGCCAUUUUCGUCGUCAUCACGUCAAACUCCUGGGCACGCGCAGCCAGUUCCCACCUCACGCUCAUCACCUUUGUCUGCUUCGUCGUCUACGCCAUUCGCGAUCUCUGGCCGCUGGUGGAAUUCAAUGGAAAGCCGUUUGACGGUGUAGAGGGUAGAAUAUUAUGGGCAAAAAUUGCAUUACUUGCUGCCGUGGGCGUUGUGCUGCCAUUAAUUGAACCUCGGUCAUACGUGCCGAAAGAUCCGAAGAAUCCGACGGAGCCGCAUCCCGAGCAGACGGCGUCUAUCUUCUCAUCUGCGACGUUCACGUACCUUCAACCCACCGUCUCGCUCGCGUACCGCGUUCCCCACCUGCCAUUCGACCGUUUACCCCCUCUCGCCGACUAUGAUCAUGCGCAAGUGCUCGUGUCCUCUGCUCUCAAGCAUCUGGAUUCGUUCGCCGGCGCGCCACAGCGACACUUGUUCUUUGGGUUACUCAGGAUUUUCCUCAGGGAUUAUAUGAUCAUGGGCGUCAUGCUUACUAUCCGCAUGCUGGCCAUGUUAUUGGCACCGUUUGCGUUGAACGGACUCUUGCGAUCCCUUGAAGAUGAGGAGCAUAGCUCGCCUCGCCUCCGGCCGUGGUUCUGGGUUAUCUGCAUAUUCCUGGGCCCGUGCAUCUCGGUCUUCUCUCAACAAUGGCAGAUCGUGGUCUCUACAACAGCGUUAACACGCGCACAAGCCAUCCUCACUCAGCUUUUGUUCCGACAUGCGUUACGGAUUCGCAACAAGAGCGAGACCGCGACGCCGAUCGGCGCUGGAACGGGCAAGCAGCCGGUGGCGAACAAGUCGGCCAACUUGACAGGCCGCUUGAACAAUCUGGUGACUACUGAUAUGAACAGCGUCACUGAAGGUCGCGAGUUUCUGCAGCUCAUUUAUUUCUGUCCGGCACAGUGUGCUCUUUGCAUCUUUUAUCUCUAUACCCUGCUCGGGUGGAGUGCUUUCGUCGGAAUGGUUGUGAUGCUUCUCUGUUGGCCCGCCCCUGGAUAUAUCGCGAAGAAGAUGCAGGACUACCGCAAACGCUCGAUGAAGACAACGGAUGCUCGUGUUCAAGCGGCUACCGAAACACUUGGUGUCUUGCGUAUGAUCAAACUUUUUGCCUGGGAGGAGAGAAUGAGCGACCGGCUUGCAAAGAAGCGCGACGAGGAGCUUUCUUGGAUCCUACCUGUUCAGCUUCUGAAUCUUUCCAGCGAAGUCACCUCAUACUCCGUGACUAUAGUACAACUGGCGGCCACAUAUGCAGUCUUCGCCAUCGUGAUGAAACGCGAGUUGACUCCGGCUAUCGUGUUCUCCUCGAUGGCCGUCUUUGAUCUCUUGCGCAACCAGAUGAGGCUGGCGGCUAGUCUUCUACCGACCGUCAUUGAUGCCAAAGUCUCUCUUGAUCGUAUGACCGAGUUCCUUCAGCACACCGAGCUACUUGACGCCUACACGACAUCGCGUGGUGACGGUGCCACUGAAGGGAUCGACGUCCCUCAAGGUGCGAUCGGUUUCAAGGACUGUCGCUUCACCUGGUCUCGAGCGGACGACAACGAAGGCUCCAGCACUCCGUCGAGUCGCAACUUCUCUCUCCGCAUCGACGGCGAGCUUGCAUUCGCGCGCGGUGCAGUCAACUUGGUCGUCGGACCCACCGGGAGCGGCAAGACAAGCUUACUUAUGGCUCUCCUUGGGGAGAUGCACCACUCGCCGUCGGCGACUCCAGGCUCGUGGGUCAACCUCCCUCGCGACGGUGGUGUCGCAUAUGCCGCACAAGAGUCGUGGGUUCUUAACGAGACUAUCAAGGACAACAUUUUGUUUGGCGCUUCGUAUGACGAAGAGCGGUAUAAUAAAGUCCUGUAUCAGUGUGGUCUUCUCCCCGACCUCGAGCUCUUCGAGGCCGGCGACUCGACCGAGGUUGGCGAGAAGGGUCUUACUCUCAGCGGCGGCCAGAAAGCACGCGUCACUCUUGCUCGCGCGGUCUAUUCAUCGGCUGAUAUCUUACUUUUGGACGACGUACUGGCGGCUCUCGACGUGCACACCGCUCGGUGGAUCGUUGACAAGUGCCUCAAGGGCGAUCUCGUUCGUGGGCGUACCGUCAUACUCGUCACACACAACAUCGCAUUGACCCGUUCGAUUGCUGGUUUCGUCGUAUCUCUGAGCCCGGAUGGUCAGGUCAUCAGCCAAGGGUCCGUAUCCGAGGCGCUUGCGAAGGAUGAAACACUAGCGCAUGACGCCGAAGAGGAGGCGCAAAUCAUCGAGAAGGAUGAGGCUGUGGUUGAUAUGGGGACACCGGCUGCUCCCGCGAAGCCUAAGUCUGGCGGGAAGCUCAUUGUGGCUGAAGAAGUGGCCGAAGGUCACGUCUCCUGGUCGUCCCUGAACAUGUAUCUGAGCGCACUCGGCGGGAAACACGGCACUUUCUUUUGGCUCAUAUUCGUGGGGGGCUUGCUCACCAGUGACGUCUUUCGUGUCCUGCAGACAUAUUGGCUCGGAUACUGGAGCGAGCAGUACGAACUUCGGCCCUUCGAUCAGGUUAAUGUUGCUUACUACCUCGGCGUCUUUGUCGUCUUUCUUGUUGGCUAUAUGGUGGCAUAUACAGCCGCAGCCUUGGGAUACGUAUCCGGUAUAGUUCGCGCUGCGAGGAAGUUACACAAGGCCCUCAUGGAUGCCAUCCUUGGGACGACUCUCCGCUUCCUAGAUAGUACGCCCAUGUCAAGGAUCAUCGCUCGGUGCACUCAAGACAUACGCGCCAUUGACGGGCCUGUCGCCUUCCAAUUCCGUUUCGUCGUCGAGAUCAUUGUGACGAUGAUCGUCAAGCUCACCUCUAUCGUGAUAUACACGCCCAUCUUCCUCAUCCCUGGAGCGAUCUUCUUCGCGGCAGGAGCGUACACGGGUAACGUGUACAUGUCCGCGCAAUUGUCCGUCAAGCGCGAGAUGAGCAACAAGAAGGCGCCUGUUCUUGGACAUUUCGGCGCCGCCGUCGCCGGCCUCGUGUCCAUUCGUGCCUACGGCGCGCAAGAGGCGUUCGAGGCUGAAUCUUAUCGACGCAUUGACGAGUACACGAGAGCGGCACGCACCUUCUAUGAUCUGAAUCGCUGGGUUGGCAUACGCAUAGAUGGGCUCGCUGGUCUUUUCACGGCUGUGCUCGCCGCGUACAUGGUCUAUGGGCCCGGCCACGAGAAGUUCCUUCCCUCCGACAUUGGCUUCUCGCUCAAUAUGGCCGUCGGCUUCAGCGGUCUGAUCAUCUGGCUGGUACGCUUCGUCAACGCGUUUGAGGUCAGCGGCAACAGCCUCGAGCGUAUCCGGGCCUUCACGGUCAUCGAACAAGAGCCUAAGCCCAUUUCGGACAAAGUGCCGUCCGCGGCCUGGCCUACGAGCGGCAGCCUGCACGUCGAGGGACUCAACGCCCGUUACUCGACGGACGGCCCACUCGUUCUCAAGGACGUGUCCUUCGAAGUCAAGUCUGGCGAGCGAGUCGGCAUCGUGGGGAGAACGGGCAGUGGGAAGAGCUCGUUGACGCUCUCGCUUCUCCGGGCUAUCCCAACGGAGGGUCAAGUGAUCUACGACGGCGUUGAUACGAGUGCUGUAAAUCUCGAUGCUCUCCGCAGCAACAUCACGAUCAUCCCGCAAGUUCCUGAGAUGCUCAGUGGCACCCUCCGCGAGAACCUCGAUCCUUUCGGCGAACAUGACGACGCAACGCUCAACGCAGCCCUUCGUUCUGCCGGGCUCACCGCUCUUCAAGGCGAUAAUGAUGAAGGCAAGAUCACGCUUGACACGCCCAUCGCCGCAAGCGGAGGCAACCUCUCCGUCGGCCAGCGUCAGAUCCUCGCUCUCGCCCGUGCUCUAGUUCGGGGCAGCAAGCUCCUCAUCCUAGACGAAGCUACAUCGUCGAUCGACUACAAGACGGACUCGAUCAUUCAGUCCUCGCUGCGCAAGGAGCUAGGAAGCGAUGUCACCCUUCUCAUCGUCGCGCACCGGCUGCAGACGAUCAUGGAUGCGGACAAGAUCAUGGUGCUUGAUGCGGGGAGGGUUGUUGAGUUUGAUUCGCCCCGCGCUUUACUGGGCAAGGAUGGACUGUUCAAAAAGCUGGUGGAUGAGAGUUCCGAUAAGCAGGCGCUGUACGCGAUGCUGCCUACUAAAUAA